ACCACUUCCAGAGUCACUUUAAACAUAGCUUAAUAGGCUACUGACAACGUUACAAGUGACCCAAUGAUUUUGUGUGCGUGUGUCUACUCAUUUCCUAUUGUUUUAUUCAUUUUAUCUUUAUUUUAAACAUCAUCAUCACUUUUUUGGCGACAAAGGAACUUUGCAUCUUGCUGGCAUCACUGUAGUGGAUAUUCCGCCUCCUCCUGUUGGAUACCAUAGCCCGUGCUUACACUGUCACACACACCCACUAAAGAAACUGAAUCCCAAGUAAUACCGAACCUGUACCAGCAGCUGAUCGGCGGUCCUGCGUGGGGCUCCAGACUCUGCAAGUAUUGAAAAAUCCUUACUCUGCAUUCAUGAUGAAGGCAGUUUUGACCAUUGUGUGUUUCCUGCUCAUCCUUACGACUAGUCUGACAGCCAUUAAUGCUCAGAAAUGUAAGACAGGUCCUCUUGAUCUGGUCUUCAUCAUUGACAGCUCCAGGAGUGUACGGCCAUUUGAAUUUGAAACGAUGAGAAAGUUCAUGAUUGAUAUCAUCCAUGCUGUGGACGUUGGACCUGAAGCAGCUCGAAUAGGAGUCGUCCAGUAUUCCAGUCAAGUCCAAAAUAUAUUCUCACUGAAGAGCUACACCAAGAAGUCUGACAUGGUGAAAGCUAUUAACGAGAUUAUUCCUUUAGCCCAAGGAACAAUGACAGGGCUUGCUAUCCAAUAUGCCAUGAAUGUGGCCUUUACUGUCCAAGAGGGUGCUCGUCCCAAAAUUCCAAAGGUUGCAGUGAUUGUGACCGAUGGACGGCCACAGGAUCGUGUAGCAGAAGUCUCUACUCAAGCACGAGGAAUGGGCAUUGAAAUUUAUGCUGUGGGUGUACAAAGGGCUGAUAUGAACUCCCUGAGGGCCAUGGCAUCUCCUCCUCUGGAAGAGCAUGUCUUUCUCGUUGAAUCCUUUGAUCUCAUUCAGCAGUUUGGAAAACAGUUCCAAGACAAACUCUGUGGACUUGAUUUGUGCACUGAAAUGGAUCAUGGCUGCCAGCACAUCUGUGUGAGCACUCCUGGCUCUUAUCACUGCGAAUGCAAUCCAGGAUACAAACUCAAUGAAGAUGGAAAGACUUGCUCAGCUAUUGACCUGUGUGCAGAAGGCAAGCACGACUGUGAACAAAUCUGCAUCAGCUCUCCAGGCUCUUACUCUUGCCGCUGUCGAGCUGGCUACCAGCUCAACCAGGACCAAAAGUCAUGCUCAAUGAUUGACUACUGUUCAUUUGGGAACCACAGUUGUGAACAUGAGUGUGUCACCGUGCUGAAUGGUUAUUUUUGUCGCUGCCAUGAAGGCUAUGUCCUGCAAAGUGAUGGCAAGAUCUGCCAGGCUAAAGACCUGUGCAAUUCUGUGGACCAUGGAUGUGAGUUCAAAUGUCUCAGCACUGUUGGAUCAUACUAUUGUGUCUGCCCUGAGGGCCAGCUUCUCCAGAGUGAUGGCAAGAGUUGUGGCAAUCCAGCAUGUAGGUCUGCAAAUAUCGACUUGGUCCUUGUCAUAGAUGGCUCCAAAAGUGUAAGGCCCCAAAAUUUUGAGCUGGUAAAGCAGUUUGUGAACCAGAUAGUGGACAGUCUUGAUGUGUCAGCCCAUGGCACCCGCAUCGGCCUUGUGCAGUACUCCAGCCGAGUACGUACCGAGUUCCCCCUAAACCAGUAUCAAACUCCGGAGGCCAUCAAAAAUGCAGUACUAAAAGUGGAAUACAUGGAGAAAGGAACCAUGACAGGACUGGCACUAAAGCAUAUGGUGGAGAACAGUUUCUCUGAGGCAGACGGUGCCAGGCCACUGGGCAGAAACAUCCCUAGAAUUGGACUGGUCUUUACAGAUGGACGCUCCCAAGACGACAUCACUGAAUGGGCAAAGAAAGCUAAAGAUGCCGGCAUUACCAUGUAUGCUGUUGGUGUGGGAAAAGCUGUGGAGGAAGAGCUCAGGGUGAUUGCAUCGGAUCCAGUGGAUAAGCACUUCUUCUACACCACUGACUUCACUGCAAUAAAUCAAAUUGCAGACAACUUGAAACUCAAUAUUUGUGGAGAGGAGAGUCAAGGGGAAGUUGAAGUGAAGGACCCCUGUGCUUGCGAGAGUCUGGUGGAAUUUCAGGAGACCACAUUAUCCACUUUGGAGCAACUCUCCAAAAAACUUGCUCAGAUGACAGCACGACUUGAAGAUCUUGAAAACCAGAUGGCCACUAGAAAGUAAAGCCUAUUAACCAGCCCCAAGAGUGACAGGGCAUUUCAGCUGUGUUUUAGGGACUAGGGUGAGGGUGGGUACAGGGUAGGGAUCCACACUGGGAGUGAAAUAAAAUAUUCAUGUGCAAAAUGGGAAAGUCAAAACACAAGAUACUCGAUUGGAUCCACAAGAUGUUAGCCACAUGCUAGCUACUUCCUAAAUUGAAGAAAAAUGUGCAAUAGAAGUGUGCUGUGUUUAAGAAGAAGGCAACAACCCUAUCUUUUUCAACUUGAUGUUAAUGUGUGUCUUGCAAAUUAUAUAUAAUUAUUGGAUGCAAAUUUUGAAUCUAAACCUUUCUCCUAAGUGAUUUUCUAUACUUUUAAAAAUGUUAAUACAUAUUUCUCCUGUUUUGUACGUUGCUACUAUGUAGGUUUUUGUUAGUUGCUUUAAAUAAUGAUGAGCAGAAGCACAAAUUACCUCUUGGACUUGGGCACUGGUUUUCUAGUUUAAGCAUUCUUUAAAAUGGCAUGCUGGAAUUUAAACACGCAGGUGUUACUAAUUAUGCAUGGCAUAGCACCAUGGAAACUACCAGAUGGCACUUUACUGUGCCUCAGUAUCUGCUUGACUGACACAGACUAUUGACUAUGCCAAAGGGCAGGACUCAAUACUAAAUGUGCACAAAGUUGAUGCUGAUUUUCUGAGGGACACCAAGAAGGGUAAAAGUGAACUAAGGUCAAAAAGACUGUAAAUACUUUAGUUUUUGGAUACUUAAACAUGUUAAUAUUGGUUUUAUUUUUCCAUAAGACAUAUUAGUAAAUGAAAUCAUUCUGUUCUUCCUAAAUAGAAAUAAAUUGGAAAUGAAAACAGGAAAUAAUUACUCUGAAUUAAUUAUGGUAAAUGAUUAUUUUCAUGAUCAACAGUUAGCACUCUUGCUUCACAGCCCCAAAGUCCAAGGUUCAAAAUCCGAUCAAGCCAUUAUCAUUAUGGGGUUUUAUCUCCAUAUACUCCAGUUUCUUUCCAUUUUCCAAAAAAACAAGAAGGUUACAUUGAUUGGUGAAUCUGAAUAUUCUCAAUAUAAAUGACUUACAACUGAGGUGGACUGGUGUUCUUGUCCAGGAUAAAUUUCUGUCUUUUGCCUAAUGUAGCCAGAUUUGUUUGUGGUUUCUUGUGAUUCUAAGCUUGAAUUAAGGUGGUUCAAUUAGGAAAUGAAGGAAUGGAUGGAAGAGUGAAGCAAUCUAAAAUUUCCAGUGUGUCAUUAAGUGGCACCCAAUGCAGUCAUGGUGAUAAUAUAUAACAGAGCUAGCCCAAAUCAUUUGACCAGUUAAUGGAAAAUUCUAUUUUAAGCAAAACCAAUAUAGCUGUCCAUAAUGUUGAUCUUCACUUGUUUUUUCUGCUUCUGGAUUAUACAUUUCUGCAGUUUUGAGGCAUUAGUAAUUAGUGCAGCUGUAAGGAUGCUCCUGAUGAGGGAGUGACUGUCAUACCAACAGUUCUCAUUGCACCGUUUUCCCAUUUCCACUGAUUCAAGAUGUAAGUGGAAUGCCCAAAGCAGUGUCUUACUGUGCAUGUCAUUGGCCGAGGUUGUAAGGUCAGACGUGUUUGUAUCCCUUUUAAAAAAAUACAUUUUAUAAAAUGCAGAAUGACUAUUUCUUUAUGUAUUCAAGUGUUGAUUCAACUAAAUAAACACUUAUUUUCCACA